AAUUCCCCUUCUGUAGCAACUACAGGCAAGAACAACCAUGGAUCGACUCUCUCACCCGCCUCACGCUGUUGCGGACCUCUCUAGGUUCAACUUCACUCUGGCGCAGGAGGACAUCGACGCACUGAAUGCUCUACUCAAGCGUCCUCUGCCCAUCGCAACAUGGGAGAACAGCAGCCAGCCCGACGAGCGGUUCGGCAUCAGCCGUGACUGGCUUUCCAACACCAUCUCGCAGUGGCAGAACUAUGAGUGGGCCAAAUACCAGGAGAGGAUCAACAGCGUGCCCAACUUCAAGCUCGCCGUCGAGGACGACGGCGAGGAGUACAACGUCCACUUCGCCGCCCUCUUCUCGGCCCGCGAGGACGCCACGCCCCUCAUCCUCAUGCACGGCUGGCCCGGCUCGUUUCUCGAGUUCAUGCCGCUGCUGCUCAAGCUACAAGCAGCCCACGCCUCGGACCCGGCCUCGCUGCCGUACCACAUCGUAGUCCCCUCGCUGCCUGGAUACGGGUUCACGGCCGUCGGCACGAGCAAGAACAUGCAGACGCCAGACGCCGCGCGCAUCCUGCACAAGCUCAUGCUCAAGCUGGGCUUCGGGGCCCCUGGCUAUAUCGCGCAGGGCGGGGAUUUCGGCUCGGCGCUGGCGAUCCACAUGUUCAAGGGGUUUGACGAGUGCAUUGGUGCUCAUGUAAACAUGCUGUUCUUGACGCCGCCUAAGGAGGAAGGAGUAGCCCCUCCGACGGAACAGGAACUGGUGACACUGAAACGGGUGGAAGACUUCCGCGCCACUGGUUCGGCUUACGCCCUGAUUCAAGGCACCAAGCCCUCGACGGUCGGUCUGGCGGUUGCAAGCAGCCCGCAGGGCCUAUUGUCUUGGAUCGGCGAGAAGAUGGUCCUUUGGUCACACGCGACCCCGUCCAUGCAGGAUAUCCUCGACAACGUCUCGCUAUAUUGGUUCACCGGCUGCUACCCUUCAAGCAUCUGGGGCUACCGAGAGCUCGUCAAUGCCGAUAUCGAGAAGAUCUCCAACUUCUGGGGUCUCGGCGACCACAAGAAGCCCUUCGGCUAUUCUUAUUUCCCGUUCGAGAUCACUUGCGUACCGAAGAGUUGGUGUGAUGCCACGGGUAGGGUCACUUUCUACCGGGCUCACGAUAAGGGCGGACAUUUCGCUGCCCUCGAACUUCCGGAUGUCUUAUGGAAGGAUAUUGUAGAAUUCGUUGACCACGUCAAGGCUUCUGAAUAACUUGAAUGGGGCCGGAACCCAGAAACGCGCUGAGGCUGGGUUGGUGGCAGGGAUAGUAGUAACGACGUUCAUUGACAGACAUCAGCAGCCACAAGUCCAAACUCGAGGACUUUGAAAAAGCUCGGUACAGCUUUCAAGUCGCGGGGCCAACUGGUACAACUUUAGGGUAGGCAUUGAAUAGGACCAGUGCCCAGGUGGGAUGUACGUAGUUACGUCUCCAAUUUCAACUGUGGACAUUUCUCGAG